UCAAAUCUCAAGACAUUUUUUUGCAUUACGGGAGACAUUUUCACACUAAAAAGCCAAAUCGUUUGAAUCUGUUUACUGGUGCCUGAAAUAAUAUCAUUGCUAAAUUAGAAAUCUUUUCCAGCAAGAUUAGUAAAAAACGUUUUAGGAUUUAAUCACGAGCACCUGUGAUUCGUCCAAACCGACCAGCGCCGAAGAAAGUAACAUGUACCACGUGACAGCGUCACCUAUAUACUUCAGCACCGUUCUGUAAGAAGCGUUCUCUUUCUGGCUGUGUGGCUGGCUGGUCCUCUGGAUGAUAAAAACGGUCCAACAUUGCAGGAAAUAGCGACAGGGACGCCUAGCCCUCUCUCUUGCUUUACAGGAGCAGUUUUGUGGAUGAAUGGGGGCGGUUGCUCCUCUGUACCAGACUGGCUGCUGUCUCUCGACUGCUGAUGUGUGGGUCUGAUGCGUGACCAUCCACAUUUAUUUUCUUUUUCUUUGUGAACUGUACAUUUUUCUCCUUUUUCGUCGCGCCUGUUACUCUCUCAUGAAGAAGAGGGGCUUUUAUACCUGUAGUAGCAUCAUCGCCUUCCCUGAGUGUUGAAACGGCACGAUUACUGCACAUUACCGAUAUCAUAAUUAAAUAAUUAGCAUCGGAUUAAUGACAGUAAGAACUGGUGAUAUUCACUGAAUUAAAAAUAAACGUUAAAAAAAUUGUAUAUUUGGGCCAAACAUAACUGGCCAGUCAGAGAGAAUGUAUGGGCCAAAGCCACGCCCAUGUAUGGUUUAUGCUAAUCGCCAUUCUAUUUGUUUAUUUUUUUUCCAGUGGUUUGAACUAGACGUCAUCGACGCCCUCUUGCUUUACGGAGUAGAAUUACAACAGAACGUGUCAGGGCAAGUUCAAGUCCUGAGCAAUACAUUCAUAUCCAACCUGUCCUAAAACACAUCUUUAAAUCCUAUAAUGUAAAUAAAUAUAUUUAUUACGUUGUGUAAACAACGUCUACAUCAAAAUACACCCCUAAAUAAUUUACAAACUGAACGAGUGUAUAAAUAUUUCAGUACAAAGUCAUCAGAUACCUGAGUCACAUGAAACGUCCAGGAGAAUGCCGUUAGGAGAGCUAAACAAUCGUUUUAUUUGAUGCUGAAAGAAAUAUAGUCAGACAAACUUUGAAAAUGACACAAGUGUGUGUGUUCGAGACUAUCUGGGUGGCCUACCAGACAAAAGACUCGGUUUUGCAGCCUUUGUGGGACUACAUGCGACUCAACCACUCUGAAACUCUCCGGUCUCCUCUCUUUCCUGUGAUUUUGACCGUAGCAUCGUAUUUUGUUCUUUGCGUACCCUACCUAGUCUGCGACAUGAUGGGAAAGAAGUGGCCAGCUAUUUACCAGUACAAGAUUCAACCCAACAAGCUGCCCACAACAGCAAUGCUCCUUCACUGCAGUGGAGUUACUCUUUAUAAUCACCUAGUUCUGGUGUUUCCUGCAGCAGUGGCACAGUGGUUGUGGAGACCUCCUGUUCCUCUGCCUGAACAAGCUCCUACAUUGUUCGAACUUGCAGGUGGGGUGACUGGAAACCUUCUUCUCUUUGACUUGCAGUAUUACAUCUGGCACUUUUUGCAUCACAAGAUCCGCUGGCUGUACGUGACUUUCCAUGCCAUCCACCAUAAUUACUCUGCCCCCUUUGCUCUGGCCACACAGUGCCUCGGGGGGUGGGAGUUGGUCACGGUGGGCUUCUGGACCACGCUCAACCCUGUCCUGCUGAGGUGUCAUCUGCUCACCACCUGGAUGUUCAUGGUGGUCCACGUGUAUGUUUCAGUGGAAGACCACUGCGGAUAUGUUUUCCCUUGGUCCAUGUCUCGUCUGAUCCCAUUUGGUGUCUAUGGAGGUCCGAGCAUGCAUGAUGUGCAUCACCAGAAACCUAAUACUAACUUUGCACCACAUUUUAGUCACUGGGAUAAACUCUUCGGCACCUAUGCUGAUUUUAGUUUUGCUAAUACUCAGUGAUGAGCAUGCAUGCAAAUGUAUAUUAAAAGUGCAUGUUUGUUUGCUUCAGGCAACUUUUGGAAUUUACUUUUAUUGUAAACAGACAGUGCAAGAAGGAUUUAAGCACAAAUAAACUAAAAUCUAAAAUUGAUGCUAUGUACAUACACUGCAGAUGACUUAAACCAUCAUUGUAAAAUAACUUAAAUCUUAAAAAGAUUCCAAAGUUGGAACCAUUUACUGGGAAAUGGGUUGUUGCCCCCGAGUUAUUUGUUCAAUUCACCAUUCUGGUAAAAUCUUAUAUAAAUAUAUAAUAUUUUUAGAAUUUUAUAAAUAUAGAAAUUUAGAAAACACAUUUAUACAACCAUUUCAAUACUAGUCUUACAUAUGAAAAAUAAAAUAAAAAAAUACUUUUGUAAAAUACAGCUAUAAUGUACAGUAAUUGAUUUAGUUUAUUAUCCAUAAUUCUUAAAGCCUUAUUUUAUAGAAACCUGAUAUGAUUAUAUAGGCCUAUAUGCUGUCAAAUAGAUUAAUCACGAUUACUUGCAUCUAACAUAAACGUUUGUGUUUAUAUAUGUGUGUGUGUGUAUACAGUAUUUUAUUAUACUUAUAUAUUUAUAUGUGUGUGUGUGCGAGUGAGUCUGUGUACAACUACAUAUUGUACAUAUAUUAUAUAAACACAAACUUUUAUGUUAGAUGCGAUUAAUCGAUUUGACAGAACCUUAUACUGUU